AUGGACAACCUGGCUCUUACCGACAAAGAAAUACAUGAAACCAUUGAUGUCGCUGAGGGAGAAGAUCCAUACAUUGGGGAAGAAUAUGAACCAUCCAAUGAACUUCCUUCGGUCUUGGAAAUCCGAAAGCUAGAAGAAAUUGCAAGAUUAAAAGAAAUCUGGAAACGAAAGCAGACGAAAUGGGACAAAGAGAAUCCGGAAAUCAAGGAGGCAAUAAUACGAUGCGCAAUCGAGAAUAAAGGAUAUGACAGAACGAUUGUUCCAAAAGCUACAAUGCAUCGAUGGGCCAAGCAGUUUAGAGAAACAAAAGCAUAUGCAGAGGCAGUAAAGUGA